UUAUCUUCAUGUUUAUCUUCUAUGAAUAAUGAAUAAAAAUCUAUUCAAUCUAUUUAACAAAUUUCAUUAUUUAAAAAAAACGAAAAUUUUAUUAUUUUUAUUAUUUAUUGGAAUAUAUACUUUAUUAAUAAAUAUUUGGUCAUUAAAAAAAUUUAAUUCUUUGCCAAAAUUGAAUUUAACUCAAUUUAAUGAAUUUAAACAAAUCAAUAAUGAUAUAAAUAAAAAAUGUUCAAUUCCACAAAUGGAUUUAUGGCCAAAUCAUAUAAAUAAUAAUAAUAAUAAUAAUAUAAUAUUUCCUAAAUGUAAACAAACAUCAUUAUUUAAAUUCUAUAAUUUAUCUAAUAAAAUAAUUAGUAUCCAUGAAUAUUUAUCAUUUCAUAUGGGAAAAUUAACGAUCCAUCAUCAUUAUAAUAAUAAUACAAUCGGAUUAAAUUCUAGCUUAGUUACAUGUUCAUUAUUUCCAAUAAAACGAUUAAAUGAUUAUCAAUCAAUUUAUUUAAAUGUUAUUGAACAAAUUUAUCAUGGUUAUCAAUCAGAAUGGCCAAUGUUUAUGGUAAUGUGUCAACCAAAACAAAAUAUAUUACUUUUACAAUCUUAUUUAAAUUGGAAUAAUACAAAAUUAAAUCAAAUUGAACGUUUAUUUAUAUGUGGUUCAUAUCAAAAUAAUAUAAAACAAAUCAAAUCAAAUAGGACAUUGACUAAAAUAAAACAAAAUAAAUUAAUGUUUAAUAUAUUACUUUUAGGUAUAGAUUCUAUAUCACGUUUAUCAGCAUAUAGAUAUUUAAUUAAAACAAUGAAAUUUCUUCAAUCAAUUAAUGAAAGUUCAAUUAUAAUGAAUUUAUAUAAUGUCAUUGGUGAUGGUACUACAGUAAAUUUAUUAGGACUUUUAACUGGACAAUUAGAAUCAGAAUUACCAGAAUCAAGAAAAUCUCAUAUGAAUAUAAAUAAAAAUAAUUUAUUAUUAAAUAAAUUUAAUAAUUAUACAAUAUUAGAUAAUUAUCCAUGGAUAUGGAAAGAAUAUACAGAUUAUGGAAAUUAUGUGACACAUUAUAUUGAAGAUACACCUAAAUGGGGUACAUUUCAGCAUAGAUUAUGUGGUUUCGGUUCAGUUAAUAGUCCAACAACUAGUUAUGGACGUCCAUGUUUAAUAGCAGCACAUCAAGAAGAAAAUUAUUCUGGGAAAAUACUUGGAUGUACAAUGUCAAGAUAUACACAUCAAGUUCUUUUAGAAUCUCUUACAGAAUUUUUCGAAACCUACUCAGAUAGACCGCGUUUCAGUUUAACAUUCUUAAGUGAAUUAAUACAUGAAAAUCCAGCAUAUGUAAAACUUAUAGAUGAAGAUCUAUCGAAAUUAAUUCAACGUAUUUACUAUGAAGAUUUGAUGUUCAAUCGUGGGAAUAUGAAGGCAUCGAGUAGCUCAAGCUAUCCAUUUGCGAAUACAUUAGUAGUAUUAUUCUCUGAUCAUGGACCACGUAUGGGUGAUGCACGACUUUCAGUUCAAGGUAAAUUAGAAGAAAGAUUACCAUUUAUGUCAAUUAUUGCACCGAAAGUAUUCAAAGAAAAAUGGUCUAUUCAAUGGGAUAAUAUAAAAUAUAAUCAAAAUAGAUUAAUUACUUUAUUUGAUUUACAUGCAACAUUACGUGAUUUAUUAAUGAAUCAAUUAAAAUUACAUAAUAAUAAUAAUAAUAAUAAUAAUAAUAAUAAUAUUGAUUUUAUUAAAAUAUUCAAUAAAAUUCAUAGGAAUUGGCAAAUUAAUCCUUCACAUGGGUUAUCUUUAUUUAAUAAAAUACCGUUUGAUCGUAAUUGUGAUGAUGCACAUAUUAGUUCACAUUGGUGUGUUUGUUUAAAAUGGAUCAAAAUAGACCAUAAUAAUAAUAAUAACUUAAUAUAUAAUUCAAAUGAUCUUAUUAUAAAAAGUACAAAUGUAAUGAUUACUAAAAUUAAUGAAAUGAUUAUUAAAUAUAAACCAAAUUUAACUAAAAAUGGACAAUGUUCAAUGAUUAAACUUUAUCAAAUUAAAUCAGUAGAACAAGCUAUACUGCCACAAGAUAUGGUUCGAUUUAUUCGCAGUCAAGAUGAAGAUGGACGUAUACCAAUGUUUCAAGAACAAUCUACUUCAUCAUGGUCAUUACUAGAUUGGAUUAAAAAAUUCAAUAUACUAAACAACAAUAAUAAUAAUAUUAACAACAAUAUUUUUAAUCAUGAUUUCAUUCAUGAAAGUAUACUUUUACGUAUACAUAUUAUAGUACAACCUGAAUAUGCACAUUUCGAAGCUACUGUUAAAGUGAAUAUAACACAACAUUCAUUGAAUAAUUUUCAUGUAAUGGAUAUAAGUCGAAUUGAUCUCUAUGAACAACAUAAUUGGUGUUUAUCGGAUAAUGAGUGGGCAGAAACUAAACAAUAUUGUAUAUGUCAAAAAUACACUUAAAAUGUAUAUAACUGAAUUAAAUUACAUGUAGUAUAUAUAUAUAUAAAUUCUUAAUGGAUAGGUUGUCUACAGUUGACUGAUCACUAGAUAGUACUACAGGAGGUGAGCUGCAAUGCGGAUAGCCUUUAGUGGCCCGUUAUUUUACGCCAGUCAGAUCGUACGUUAUUGUUG